AUGUCAGAGUUAUCAAAUAAAAAAGAUUGGUUUAAAUUUGCUAUUGAACAAAAAUUUAUUAAAUCUUUUGAAUAUAGUUCUUUUAAUGACUUCAAAGAAAUUGGUACUGGUGGAUUUGGUACUGUACAUAGUGCUUAUUCAAAACAUAUUGAUAAAGUUGUAGCUCUAAAGAGUUUACAUAAUCAUGUUGAUAUUAUUGAUGGAUUUAUUAACGAAAUCAAAAAUAUUACAGAAGUCGAUUAUAAUGCUUAUGUUGUUCGGUUCUUUGGAAUCACUCAAC